GCACACCAUUAGAUAAACAUGAGUAUACAUUUUAAUGAAAGAAUCUGUAAGAAUAAUAUCAGCAUAUAAAAAAUACACAAUAUAUAUGUAUGUACGAAAAUGCAGUUUUGGAAUAAAUGGAAAAAUACAAUUUAUAUAUAUAAGCAUAUGAAACAGCAUAGCAGAAAUUAAGUAUGGCGUUAAUCCUAUCAGCUGAUAUCGUCUGCUGGAAUGACGAAUCGUAGUUCUAUCAAGUGGUUAAAUAGUGCUCCAAAAUACUGUAAAUAUAUUCCAUUAUUCCAUGAUUGUUCUAAUGAAUUAAUAAUAGUAAGAUAAAUAACAAAGUUGUUCUAAUGACGCAAUGAUUAUAUCGGAGUUAGUAAUGGUGAAAAUACUUGCAAGACACGAAUUCGAUCGUAUGCGUCAUUGACAGGUGCGAUAGGAAUAUGGGGAAAUAGAAUAAUUUUCACGAACGAUCUUUUUUACGGCCAAGUGGUAAAGGAAUUUACCAAUUAAGUAGCAGAUUCGUUUGUGAUGAGUGACUCCGAACAACGGCAAUUACACGUGCCUUAUCGAGAAUAUCAUAGUCAGAACAAUACUAAUACUUCUGCUUUGGUAGAAACUGAUGCAUUGGUUGAUCUCUCAACUACGUCUAAUAAUUGUUUACCAGUAAACAACGAGUGUUCAGAAUUGAUACCAGACGUCGAGUUUGUUCCCAACCUAAGCAACGAACAAACUACAGCCAUUGAUUCCCCUGGAACUGACCGGGAGAGCCAGCCUCUCCUUGGUCGACUAGAGCUUGAUGUUACCUUUAAUCGUUUUCCUGAUGAUCCACAAUUUUCUGAAUUAGUAUGGCAGGCUGAAUGCGCAAUAGAUAUUGGAAUCUCUCCUGAAAGAAUAUAUCAAGGUUCUAGCGGCAGUUAUUUUGUAAAAAAUCUUCAAGGGAAAAUAAUAGGCGUUUUUAAACCAAAAGAUGAAGAACCAUAUGGAAGGUUGAAUCCAAAGUGGACAAAAUGGAUGCACAAGCUUUGCUGCCCUUGUUGUUUUGGGCGAAGUUGUUUAAUCCCAAAUCAAGGAUAUCUCAGCGAAGCUGGUGCAAGUUUAGUUGACCGAAAAUUAGGUCUGGGUAUUGUUCCAAACACUAGAGUAGUCAAGCUGGUCAGUAAAACAUUCAACUACCCACGAUUAGACCGUCAAAAAGCCCGUAUGAAGCAAGCCAUUAUGGACCAGUUCCCUACCGUGGGUUCCCAUUUCAAUCGUAUCGGUUUGCCACCAAAAGUUGGUUCUUUUCAAGUGUUUGUAGACGCUUACAAAGAUGCUGAUUAUUGGUUAAGACGAUGGGAAAGCGAACCAUUAUCGCCGCCGCUUAGUAGGGAAUUUCAACUUCAAUUCGAACGUUUAGUCAUUCUGGACUAUAUAAUUAGAAAUACGGACAGAGGAAACGAUAACUGGCUAAUCAAAUAUGAUAGCGGUGUGGGAAAAAAUCGACAAGAAGAAGGUGAAGUAAAGAUUGCCGCUAUCGACAAUGGUUUGGCCUUCCCUUUCAAACACCCUGACUCCUGGCGAGCUUAUCCUUAUCACUGGGCAUGGUUAAGUCAAGCGAAGCAACCGUUUAGCGAAUUAACGCGAGAGCUUGUAUUGCCACAGCUUUCGGAUCAGAAUUUUGUGCAAGAUCUUUGCGACGACUUGUAUCAGUUAUUUAAACAAGACAAAGGUUUCGAUCGACAUCUCUUCGAUAAACAAAUGAGUGUAAUGCGUGGUCAGAUCUUAAACUUGCAACAAGCUUUGAAGGAUGCUAAAAGUCCUGUACAAUUGGUUCAGAUGCCUGCUGUGAUCGUUGAAAAAUAUGUACAGCCGGCACGAGCAAAAUCAUUCGCACCUGUGCGAACGUAUAAUCCUCCAUCGAAGUUGCUCGAUACUAAAACCACCUAUCACCUGUCGUUCUUGAACGUGGAUCAAGCGGAAUUGCGUUGCAAUAGAUCACGUCCAAUUCGACCGGUUCCCGCUCUAACAAAAUUCGAGGGUAAAUUUGCUGGAGAGACGACGAAUAAGUUGAGCUACAAACCCACCGGACAUGUCCCUAAAGCGAAACCGAUCCUGCCUAGGCAAAGAUCGAUGAUCGGAUCGGGUCCCAUGGACUCUGUGACCACCGUUCGACACGAUUACUCUCGGAAACACGUGGAGAAGCCGGAGAUCAUACUACCCUGCGGGAAUAUCCGUUUGAGUACCGGUAAAUUGGAGGGGUAUACAACUGCGAAAUUGUCAUACGGUGAUCCAGGUCCCACGGAGCCGACGAUUAAUUUUAAACCGGCAAGAAUAUAUUGCCCUCCGAGCGAACCGAUACUUCACGAUACUACACAGAAAUUAAGUUACCAGCCAGUUUGUAUCGAGGAGAAAGAAAUAUAUCCAUGGAAGCAGAAACCGGCCUACAACCCUCCAGAUAUUGCGAUGUGCGCAAAAACGACCUACUCCGAGAGCUACCUGAAGAACGAGGAUGCAUGCACGGAGAAACCUAUCCGACCUUCUGCCACUGCUUACGUACUUCCUCAAGGUGGACAGUUUGAAGGAAAGACCAUUUACAAAGAGAGCUAUUUGGAAUCGGAUAGCACGGAACGUGUGCAACCGUUUAUUCCAUCUGGGAGUAUAUCAAAAGCCGAUGGAAAAAUAUCAGGGGACACGACGAGCAAACUGAGUUAUCAGCCGAUUCAGAGCGAGAAACGUGCUCCGAUACUACCAAGGCAGAGAAACAUGAUAGGAGACGGUCCGAUGCAGUGUCAGACCACAAAUCGUUGCGAUUUUAACGCCAAAACAACGAUGCGACCGGAUCUCGUACUUCCAUGUAAUAAUCUUCGAAGCGCCGACGCACCGAUGGACGACAAAACGACGGCGAAAUUAUCAUUCAUGAAACCAGAACCGAUCGAAUUUGCUCGAAGCUUCAAACCCGUUGCUCAAUACAUCAGAUCGCAAGAUAAAAUCGAGAACGAGACGGUGAGCAAAUUGUCGUAUCAAUCGUGGACACCGAUCCGGAAAGAAGAAAUGCCUUGGGCGUCUAAAGGGAAAUAUCAACCACCCACGAAUCGCAUGUGCACGGAUACGAUUUAUCAAGCUAGCUAUCCAGCGCCGGGAUAUUACGAGGAAACCUGUAUACCGGAAGAAUGCGAUUGCUUAGAUACGAAGGACGCGUGUCCUUUGGCUGAACAAUUAAACCCUACUGCGAAAGCUGAAAUCGAUUGCAGGGUUUAAAUUAUACAGAAAAAUUUUGAUCGUAUCGAAUUAAUCUUCUUACCAUGAAUAUUAAAAAAUUCGAUUAAUAGCUAUUUUUAUUCGGUAAGUCGAUAUACGAACAAAAUUUUAUUUUACACUUACAUAUUAAUUACUGUGUACAGGAUGAAUAAGAAUAACGUAUAUCCUUUACAAACAGUAAAAUUGUUUUCGAUAAUAAAAUAAACUCUAAUCUUUGAUAAAAGAUCAAUAGACAAUAUUAUAACGUACACUUUUCAAAAGUUCAGCUUAUUACAUACGUACAUACACGCACACAUGCAUACGUACGUAUAGAUAUAAUAUGUUUAUAUAUACACAUGUACGAUAUAUCUAUAAACAUAUACAAAUUAUAUAUAUAUAUGUAUACUCACGUAUAUAUAAUGUAUAUAUAUAUGUAUUUAUACUAUUAUAUUAUAUUAAAAGAAUAAUAAAGAUAACGAUGUGUGUCAUUCUAACCUGGAUACAGCUUAGCAUACUUUACGUAUGGGCAACAAUUGAUAAAGUUUCAAUGAUGUAUAAAGUACAGGGGAGGGAACGAAUAAUUAUCUAUUUUUAAAUUGACCAAUGAAACUUUCUACUGCUUAGUGUUAAGAAAUACAGUGAGAAAGUUUUUCCAGUUGAAAUAUUGUGAAAAUCUAUUAUAUGUACAUACAUCGUUGAACGUAUCGAAAACACGAAGCCGAAGAAAAUGUUGACUUUUGAUUUUCUAAAAGCUCUUUGAAUGAAUGUAACGUUUACAAAUCAUUGGAGAUACAAAGAAAAUCUCUACGGAAAAAAUACAUAUAAAUUUGAAUAAGAAUUUUCAAAAAAUAUCAUCACCGUAUCGAUUCGAAGAUCUUAAGGCACAUAGUUUAGGUCACACGAAUCGCUACUCUUAGCGUUGCACAAACCCUGUUACUCUUCUAUUCGCUACUCUCGCCAUCGUUUAAAUUAAAAUCUUUGUCCCGUGUAACUUCAUCGCUAUUUACAAUGACUGUACGUAAAUGAUUGUCUGUACGUUUAUCAUCAUACCGAUUCUAUUGUCAACGGACAUUAAUAUCAUUCGUUACUCUAUUAUCUCGCAUAUUUUCUUUCAAACAACCGAUAACGUUUCAGUAAUAGAGUAUCCAUCAGGUUACCGUCUAAAGAACAAAUACAUAUUUCAAUUAAAAGAAGAACAUACGCACGCAUACACACUCGUGAACGAAGAUCGUUGAACGUUAACAUCUGUAAAAAUGAUUUCAAUUAUUUUGUACAAAACAGAGUUUUUUUGAUAGCGCACCACUCGACGCUAUAAGAAAUCAAUUAGCUUGUUCAUCUAAGUAUGCCAUGUGCUUUCUUUCAUACCAUGAAACAUUUAAUAUCUAUAACAUUUCGAUUUCAACAAGAAAUACUAUUCGACUUGAAAACAGAAGAAAGAAUUAAUUUUAAGCACUUCGUAAGGCGAUGCUUAAACGUUACACGUACCCGUAUAAAAUAUGCAACUGAACAACAUUAAUACAUAAACAAGCGAUUUUAAAAUUCGAUGGUUCGUAAAAGGUACUAGGACAACGUUUGUUCGUUUCUAGAUAUAUUGCACUUAUACGAUAGAAUGAAAGGGUAUGCCGCGCUUUGUCAGAAGGACAACGGGUUAACCCCUAAAGUGAUUUAGGUAAAACUAUAACAUCGGAGACGACGAUAUAUCAUUUGUUAUAUAUCCCUCCCCUAUUUAAAAACAACAAUUUCAAAUACGGUACGAUUUAAAAUGUAGAUGAAAGUGAUGUUAAAAUACGUUUAAUCGACACGUAGGUACAAGAGAAAUAUAGUCGCGCCUGACAUACCUAUUGUGGCUUAGCACUGUACGAUUGAAUGAACUCGGAGAAGCUAAAGCCAUUAAAGUGGUCCAAGUUGAGAUUUUCGUCGAUCGAGGGCAGCUCACCGUGACCCAUCAGCUCCACAUAGUCCAUGUCCGGAUUUGUUCGCCCAACGCUUGACUGGCCAAGGCCCGGAGCGUAGCUACCACAGAUCAAAACACAACCCCAAUCACUGGCAUAGUAAUGGACAAAAGUCUCGAAUGAAAUCCAAACAAAUUAAAUAUGAUAUCGUUGAUCGAUUUUAUUUUUCUUUAACUCUUCCCUCUCUCAUUUCUUUCUCCUUUGCUUUACAUAUUUGUCUUUCAUUGUUUCUGAAACAUCUAGAUCUCUGUACUUCUCUCAUCGUCUAGACAUCUAUCAUGGUUUCGACGAAACGUGUGACCGAUCAGCCGGAUUAGCCGGUACAACACGGCAAGGGAUGUACGAACAACCACAAAGAAUUACCCAACCCAAUCGAAAAUUUAUCGGUCACUCGACAUUAUCAUCCUUCCCACCCGAAAUAACACAGGUGAUAUUAUAUCGUGUAUCGUACGGGGGAUUUAACGACUUGUACCCCCCGAAAACGAUUCAAUUGCCACCGUCUCGUAACAAAACCUUUAGAGUAUAAGCUCGGGAUUGCCAGUUGUUGAAGAACUAUGUAAUUAUAAUGCAUCGUGAUUGGAGCUGCGUUUUUAUAUUCAGCAGUAGCAUUUAAGCAUUUAAUAUUCCGUUGUUGUGGUUGUACCGGCUUGCUCCAGGCCUUUGCCUUCCGUUUCUCGGAAUCUCGUAUUAAGCAGUACGUUGCGCAUGCGCAAAUACUUAUUACGAUUCAGCUUAUUCAAUUAUUGAUAUCUUACUUUUCCUUUUUUUU